GCCUUUAGAGAGUAUUCAACAUUUUAAGGUGCUCAGAUAAUACCUUGAGGCAUAAUUGUGCGUUUGAGAAAGGGACGUAUUGCAGUUUAUUGCGCAAAAUCGUUGAUGUUUGUACUUAGUUACCAAUUACUGGAUUAAUAUUAAGAAUACACGGCGAAGAAAAAUCAAAUAAUAGGAGAGACUUGAAGGUCACCAAAGCACGGUGACCGUCGCCCUCACAGCCAAUCCUUCUCAGCGAACUUAUCCUUGAAAACAUGGGUGAUAAAACACCACCUUACAUUCCGGAAGAUUGCCUUCCCGUGGAGGAAGAAACUGGUCUUCGAUCUGAAGUUGUGCGAACCAACUCGUUCUUCUGCCAGUCUCUGCUGCGGGAAAUGUCAGAGAAUUCAUUGAUUUUGCUCCCGAACGCAAAGAUCUCCAAUGAAGAUUUAGCCAACUGUAACAGUUACUCUUCCGAAUCGCAAGAAAAUUCGAAUGUGACGCCGGAUUCGCUAUUCAAGCUAAUAAGACGAUGCAGUGGCAUGGAGAAGACUUCAGUAUCUGGAAAUAUGUUUAAUGACCAAAUAAUCAAAAGUCCUAGCAACCUGUCUACGGAUAUUUCAUCAGAAGAAACGUCAAAGGAAACGGUGCCUGAACUACCCAUGAAAAGAUUCUGCAGUGCAAAUACGGAUAUUUCCUCCAAAGAAGUGGAAGUUCUAACAAGUCAAGCCCCAUCCAAAGAAUUCUCCCUGAAGAGGUCCAGGAACUUGUCAACUGAAGGAGAAUCUGAAGCUUCAUUAGGAAAGAGAGCAAGGGUCUCAACAGAGGAAGCUGGUACAGUAGAACAGGCUCCAUCAGAUACAAAAGUUAAAUCCGGAGUCUCACCUAAUAAAGAUAAGUCAGGUCAAGCAGCAGCGAAAGAGGCAGUGAUAUCUGAGGCCAUAAUUACCAUUGAGAAAUCCAAGGAUAUUCAAGCUUCAACUCCAAGAUCUGGGAAAAAGUCUCAGAGAUCUUCAUCUGUUCCAAAUCAGCAGCAGAAUACAUCCUCUAUAGAUUUUGAUAAAGAAAAAAAAUCAGAAGAUAAGUAUUCUGAAGGCGACAGAUGUUCUAUUUGUGGAAAAACAAACUGUCCUUUAGAUCCAAAACGGACUUCGAAAAUAAGCCCCAUUUCCAUGCCCCAAAAGUCACUAUUUGGGAAAUUAAAGUCAUCACGAAAGUCAAAGCAAUACCAACUUAAUGUUAUGAUGGCGAAGAAUACGAAGACUCCAACGAAACGUUACAUUAAUACCCGAAGUUCAACAAACAGACUGGCUAAACGCAUCGGUAACCACACGCCACUUCAUGUCUUCAAGUUAAAGGGUCGGCUCUUCAAAACCGUAGAAGAUGGAGAUAUGGUUAGAAUGCAGGAACUAAUACAAGAUACAGGAUCAGCUGUGAGGAAAAACAAGACCAGAUGCACGCUCCUUCAUGCUGCAGCGUCCUAUAACCAAUCGGAAAUGGUGAUGUUUUUGCUGAAAUCUAUAAGUCCCAAUGUUACUAACAAGGAGGGACAGACUCCAGCUCAUGUGGCCGCUGAAAAGGGUCACACACAAGUGCUGAGUCUUUUAGUGCGUGACUCUGACUUUGAAGCCGACAAACGGGAUAAUCGUCAUAACACAGUAAAAUCCCUACUUGGUGGCCAUCUGUUCAAGGCCAUCUUAGAAGGAAACAAGAAAGAAGCAGAAAGGCUUGUGGAACUUGGUGCAGACCCAGAUAGUCAUGGUGGGAAAGCUGGUGAACGGGAUGUUGGCACGAGAGCUUGGAGUCACUACACCUCGCCUCCUGGCCAAUGCCCUGAAUAUGGAAUGGGCUGUUACCAUGUUUGCGAAGAAAACAAGAAAUGAUGAGAAAACCGAUGAAACUGGCUGUCAGACAUCAGCCACCUCCAACUCGGUACAACUUAAAGUAUCUACACGACAGUUUCACGUGAGACAUGCAACAGCAAUUCAAGGAGGUGCUGAUGUGUACAAGAUGGACAA